UGUCCCCGCUCACAACAGACCUUAUCGCAGGAAGAGAGCUUCCUGGGUCCCGUCAGCUCGCCUGCCACAAAGUGCCCCGCGCUGACUGCUGUCAGGACUACGCGCGAGGCGAGGCUGAACCUUUUUGACCCCUCGCGGCCCCCAUCCUUCCUGAGGGAGAGUUUACUGAGAAAAAAAAAAUGGAAUCUUCUGCGCGAGGAACAGCUAUCUCAGCUAAGCCCGAGCAGCCGCGCGCCGAUACACUCUGCGAUUACCAACUGCAGGCUCCGAUCGCCCAAUCCACGCCCGAUUGCUCUAGCCUGCUCGGAACGGGGAAGUGCGUGUUUCUUCUGUUAUUACAUUUUUGGAGACCACGCAUCGCAGCGGGCAGCCCGCAGGAAGUUCCAGGAAGUGAAGCAGCUCUGAGGACCCCGUUGCUGUGCGGCGGCUGUUGCGGUGUAUCCUGACGGGCGGGCAGUCGGUCGGUCGGUUUCCGAGGUGAUAGUAGUACCGUUGUUGUUGUGGUAACGGCUCGCUCUCCGGCCUGUGGCCGCGGGAGGGAUUGAGGAGCCCGGAUUGGGGCGGUCAGCCGGUCUCCGUUGGAUUGUUAUUGUUGUGUAUCGGGGACCAUGAGCUCGGCGGGGGUGCUGUCCCCGGCCGCCGCCGCCGCUGCUACCGAUUACUACGAGGAGGAGGAGCUGGAGAGCGCGGAGGAAGAGGAUGAUCGCAGCUUUCGAGGACGGGAGUCCGAUGAGGAUACUGAAGAUGCCAGCGAAACAGACCUUGCAAAGCAUGACAAUGUGGACUAUGUGGAAAUGAAAGAACAGAUGUAUCAGGACAAACUGGCAUCUCUCAAGAGACAGUUACAACAACUUCAGGAAGGCACGCAUCAAGAGUACCAGAAACGCAUGAAAAAGCUAGAUCAACAAUACAAAGAGAGAUUACGAAAUGCUGAACUUUUCCUGCAGCUUGAAACUGAGCAAGUGGAAAGGAACUACAUUAAGGAAAAGAAAGCCGCUGUAAAAGAAUUUGAAGAUAAGAAGGUUGAGCUGAAGGAGAAUCUGAUUGCGGAGUUGGAAGAAAAGAAAAAAAUGAUUGAAAAUGAGAAAUUAACCAUGGAAUUGACAGGCGAUUCCAUGGAAGUUAAACCUAUCAUGACACGCAAGUUGCGUCGACGACCGAAUGAUCCAGUCCCAAUUCCAGAUAAGAGGAGAAAACCUGCUCCUGCUCAGCUUAAUUACUUGUUGACCGAUGAACAAAUCAUGGAAGACUUGAGGACACUAAACAAAAUUGACAGUGUUGGUUUUUUUUCUUGUAAAGGGACACUCAAGGCUUUAAAAUCUCCAAAGAGGCCUGUAUCCCCAUCAACCCCGGAGCAUCUUCCAGCCACACAAAUUGAAUCACCUGCCCAGCGUUUUGAGGCACGAAUAGAAGAAGGGAAACUCUACUAUGAUAAAAGAUGGUACCACAAGAGUCAGGCGAUAUAUCUUGAGUCAAAGGACAUUUCAAAACUCAGCUGUGUCAUCAGUUCUGUAGGAACCAAUGAGAUAUGGGUAAGAAAGAGCAGUGACAGCACAAAAAUGAGGAUUUACCUGGGCCAGCUACAAAAGGGCACAUUUGUGAUUCGCAGGCGUUCAGCAGCAUGAAUGCUGCCAGACUUUAACAGGCAAAAUCUUCAAAUAAAGAAACAUCGUCCACAAAGGUGAUGUUCUAUGGUAUUGAACAUCAUGGAUUCAAACCCACAUUUUUUGUUGGGGAACAUUCGCUUACUGACUUUGCAAAAAGGUAUCCAAGCAGCGGGUCUAUUUUCCUAGAAAAUACUCUGAAACACCUUUUGGAGUUUGGACACAUUUUCCUCAAGGCAAAUGUACUCCAUUGGAUUUGGCGGAGACAAUUCUUCACAAUGGGUAGACUCUUCUUGAAGAUAUCAAACCCUGAAUUUACUCAGAGAUGCUCUUCAGUAACCACCUUGUCUUACAAAUCAUAAAGCUACACAAACUGUUAUAUAUAUUUCCUGUAGGGAGGUAUGUGUUCCUAAGUCUCAUUGAUCUUUACAAUUGGUUUGGAAAAUGUAAUCUGGUGCUGCUACACACGUUAGCCGUUUAUUUUUAAACAAAAUCACAGCAACAUUAAAAGGUGUGUGUAUAUCUAGUAGAAAUCAUAGAUGUAUAUUAUAGUUUGUUUUAUAUUAUAUCCUCUUUUUUAUAAAUGUCUUAGUGCUUCACAUUUGCUAUCCCUGUACACCAUACUGGAACAAGCCUUAGUUUUUAGUUAAAAUGACUAUGAACUAUGGUAUGCUCUUGUGCUUUUACAGUCUUUUUGUUCGCUCAUCCAUUACAAUCUCUGCUUCUUCUUACCGGUUUGGUACUGAGACAUUUCAGGCCAAUCAGAACAAUGCCUUCAUAGCACAAAAUGUUUUGAUAAGGCUAAACAUCUCAGGAAUUUCAAGGAAACAGAUUUUUUUUUUUUUAUUAUAAUUCUUCUUUUAUCAGUUUCUUCCCAUUUUAACAAUUCUGAUAACCUAGAGGUUCUUGAAAUUUCUGGAGUUCUCACUGUUUAAAGGAACCCUAUAUGAUUAGAUAUUAUUUUUAAUGUCACUGUAUCAGUGUUUUUGCUUUGUUACUGCUUGGAUUUUUUGCAAGAGUCCCUGAGGGAGAAAUACAGUACUUUACUGACAAGCUUGCAUCAACAUGUACGUUCUAGACCCUACGUUCUA